AUGGCUGAUGAAAGUUCGAGAAAAGAUCCGGCAUGGAAAUAUGGUCAAUUGCAAAAUGACCAAAAUAUAAAUACGUUUGUCUGUGGAUUUUGUUCGAAAGUAACAAAAGGAGGGGUAUAUAGAAUGAAACAACACCUCGUUGGUGGUUAUAGAAAUGUCACCGCCGGUACAAAAUGUCCGGAUCACGUGAAGGAAGAAAUUAAAGAGUACAUGUCCAAGAAAAAAGAUAUUAAAGAACAAAGAAAUCUGAUUGUGGACAUUGAUGUAGAAGAUUACGAUAUUGAGGAUAAAGAUGAAGGGAGUGUUAGUGUAAACAACAAAGCAACACCAAGGGGCCCGAGCUUGAAGAAGCCAAGGCAAAAGGGUCCAAUGGAUGCAUUUUUUACUCCUAACCCAGAAACUGUGGUUCAAAAUAGAAAGGACAAAGGAAAACAAACUUCAUUGAAUGCGACAUACAAGAAGGAAAUGAGAGAGCACACCAUCCAAAGAAUUGCUCGAUGGUUUUAUGAUGCAGGAGUGCCUCUGAAUGCUUGCACAUAUGAAAGUUUUGCCCCUAUGAUUGAGUCAAUUGGGCAAUUCGGUCCUGGAUUGAAACCACCAUCUUAUCAUGAGUUAAGAGUUCCAUGUUUGAAGAAGGAAUUAGAAGCAACAAAUGAGUUGAUGAGUAACCAUAAGGUAGAGUGGGCCAAGGUUGGAUGCACUGUUAUGGCUGAUGGAUGGACCGAUAGAAGAAAUAGGACAUUAAUUAACUUUUUAGUUAAUAGUCCUAAAGGCACCAUGUUUAUUGAGUCCAUCGAUGCUUCAUUUUAUGUGAAAGAUGGAAAGAAGAUGUUCGAGUUACUUGAUAAUUUUGUAGACCAAAUUGGAGAAGCGAAUGUUGUACAAGUAGUUACCGAUAGUGCCUCAGCAAAUGUGAUGGCAGGGAGAUUGUUAGAAGCAAAACGACCACAGUUAAUAUGGUCUCCGUGUGCCGCUCAUUGCUUAGAUUUGAUGUUGGAGGAUAUAUACAAGAUCUCGAAUAUUCGCAAAGCAUUGAAAAGAGGCAUAGAGAUCAGCAAUUUCAUAUACGUUCGUCCUGGAUUGUUAAACAUGAUGCGACGUUUUACUAACCAAAAGGAGUUAGUUAGACCAGCUAAGACUCGUUUUGCUACUGCUUGCAUUACAUUAUCGAGUAUACAUCGUCAAAAGAAUAAUCUGAGGAAGAUGUUUACUUCAGAUGAAUGGAAGGACAGCAAAUGGAGUAAGGAGCAACAAGGGAAACGAGUAGUUCAGACUAUUUUGUUGGCUAGUUUUUGGACUACAAUUGUUUUCGCUCUUAAAGUAUCUGGCCCACUAGUCCGAGUUCUUAGAUUGGUUGAUGGCGAGAAGAAGCCACCUAUGGGAUAUAUUUAUGAGGCCAUGGAUAGAGCUAAGGAAGCUAUUGCUAAAUCCUUUAAUAAUAAUGAAGAAAAAUACAAGGACAUUUUCACCAUAAUUGAUAAAAGAUGGGAGCUUCAGUUGCAUCGUCCUCUGCAUGCAGCAGGGAGGAUGAUGAAAUAG